GACUUCUGCACCCAUGGAGCCUUAAGGGCGGGGCAAAUUAAAAACUGCCAAAACUGACCAAUUUUCAAAAAUCUCCACAACCGCAUAUCUUUACGAACUAAAUGCGCAGUGAUGUAGAGCAGGAAGGUUUCUACCAAUGAGGUAAAUUUCAUGAUCCCCUGGAUAAAAAGACAGUGGUGAGGGCCUUACUACAUUUCUACUGUGUCAGAUUUGACUCAUUCAAAUGCCGGGGAUGGAUUCCAACAUGUUUCAAUGAAGCUGGUGGACAGGACUGUUUACAUACCUGUGGAUUUGAGGAUAGUAUUGUUUGCCGGUGAAAGUAAUGAGAAAAUGCCAUGUAAGGUGUCCCUUUUCGGUGUCGGCAGACGAGACAGGUAACAAUGGACAUUUCAACAGAAUUGUUUUUCAUCAAUUCAAUAAUGUGGUUUUUAAAUUAAAUUGUAUAUCGAUUUCUCCUUAAAGUAAGCAAAACCAAAAUACUGGUGAGAUGCCUGAAGCAUAAGCGUCGCCACGUAUAUAAUCGUCAGCAACUUAGUACAUAUAUAAAAGACGCGUUUUGAUUGGAUGUCCUGUAAAGUCUGAACAGAUGAUAUUGGUAAGAUGACCUACUGAAUGGGUGGUAUAACUAAUUCUAGUAGGUGAUGUGUUGUUUAUUAAUAAUAAAUAUCAUGGCGCCCCCAUAAGGAAAGACUUGAGGACUUUUAAAAGAAAUAGUCGAUAAUUCUAUAAUCUCCAACUCAAACUCGACAAGGGUGAUUAAUCGUUAAUAUCGAAUAAGAUAGAGCGCAAAGUUAAUAUUCGGCGAAGUUGUAAUGAUUGGAGUAGAUAUUGGGCGUUGCUUUUAAGAUAAAUACACGCAUCCCCAUUUACCAUAUAAUGGUUGAUCAAAACACCUAGUUUUCACUUUUUAGUGUAAUAGGAUAGAUUCAUAGGGUCUACGCAUAUGCUUUGAACAAUGUGCAAUUUCAAGUAUUUGACAUGAUUUCAUUAUCUAACAACACAAGACCUUGGCCGUUUAAUACUUAGCAUGUACCAUCCUACUCCACUGAUAACUUUUCGACCAGCCAUGUUCUUCGCUGUGAUAUUGUUUUCGUUGGCAGGAAUCUCAUGUACAAACUUUAUGAACAGAAGGGGACAUCACCUACCCCUUAUUAACUGUCCUUCUUGUAAACAUCAUGUGUGCGACUUCAGUAAUAUGAUGCAAUGCGAAACUUGUCAAAUAGUAGUUCCCCACUGGAAUCUGCCCCCACAGGAUGUCAGAUGCGUGGCGGAUGGACAUUGUCACGAAGACAAUCAUAAUCAUUGUUGUGAUACCGAGGCAUGCGUAGCUUCUGUAUUUGGACAAUUUAAUAGACUGACGACUACAUCCAACCACAAUACCAUGCAAAAUACAGAUCCUUUUGCACAUUGUCCGCGCUGUCAUGGUGGUUAUUGUGACUUUGUCAAUCGUGAUCAAUGCUACAUGUGUAAAUUUGAUUUGCAUGACAACCAACUACCGCACCUUCAUUGUCUGAGGCAGGGAGAACACUGUGAUCCCAACCAUAGUCUUUGCUGUAAAGAAGAAACAUGCAUAGCUCAAGCCUUUGGCAGGUUUUAUCCCUCGUCGAUGCAUUCGAGUACUCGCCCUACCAUAUCAACGGUCACACAUACUGAUACGUUUGUAUUUUGUCCAAUUUGUACCGAUCAGUUUUGUUCUACAACCGAGAUCCAUCACAAUUGUGUUGGCUGUAUCUACCAUUAUGAUCACCAGACAACAGCGUGUGUGAAGCAAUGGCAUGAACACGAGUGCAGGAGCGGUAAUCACCAUAUCUGCUGUACAACAACGGAAUGCAUAACUUCCUUGCUUGGGCAGAGGUACGGGUCAACAGCUAUACAACAGCCUGGGCCUCAUACAGAUCCUUUCGCACAUUGUCCGCGCUGUCAUGGUGGUUAUUGUGACUUCGUCAAUCGUGAUCAGUGCUACAUGUGUAAAUUUGAUUUGCAUAAUAAACAACUACCGCACGUUCAUUGUUUGAAGCAUGGAGAGCAUUGCCACACCAACGAUAAAACUCUUUGCUGUAAAGAAGAAACUUGUAUAGCUCAAGCCUUUGGUGGGUUUUACCCUAUAUCUGUGCAACCACCUGUUCACACUACAAUUGGAACGACCACGGGCUCUAAUAACCAAAUUACAAGCCAACAAGUGAAUUUGGUACACUGUCCGUUGUGUCAUAGUGGGAAGUGCAAUGUAACAAACUUCAUAAAAUGCGAUUUGUGCAAAAUUGCAUACAAUUUAAAUGACCCGACAGCAGUGCCUGUUGCCCAGUGUGACAAUACGAAUAAAUGCACAGAUGGACCAAACCUGUUUUGCUGUAAAACCGAUCAGUGUAUCAUUUCAGCGUUAGCGUCUUAUUUCAAGAACAUUAAUUCUUCUACUACGAGUGUUGGGACGGUGGCAACAGGUCACUCUGUGCAGAACAUAACUGUCCCUGUCACAUUGAAAUCCACGGCGCAGUCAUCGAGUGUAGUACCAAAAACAACACACGCUUUAACACCCAAUCCUACAACAGCUGGAACAACAUCUAGCUCUUCUAUCGGAAUGACAGCUGCAGCAUCUUCGACAACGAAUGGGAGUCCAUCAACGCUCACAACUACUCCGAACAAUUGCAUGGACAACAUAUCAAACUGCAAUAGUAUGAAAAUGAUAGGAGUAUGUCAUGCACUGCCUCAACAGAAAGUGUCGUAUGACAUUGCGUUUCUGAACUGCAGAGCAACAUGUAACCUCUGCUCAGAAACAUAUCAACCUCUGAUUCCCACGACAACUACAACUAAACCAUCUACCUCAUGUCACGUGUGUGGAGACUACUACCAAGGUAUCCCCUGUGAUACACUAAGUGUUUACACGGGGCACACGAUACCAUGUUCUGGUGCAAACAGUUAUUGCAUGACAGACAUUGUGCAUGAAAACAACAAUGUGAAGAUCUACAAAAGGUGUGUGGAUGAGACGGUGUGCAGGAACCAGUGGUUGUCCCAGACUUCAGAUCAAGACCACUGCACCAAUUACGGAAACGUGGCGAUCAGUAGGGACUUCUCUUGUCAUUUCUGUUGUACCUCUGAUGGCUGUAACCAGGGACUGCUGCCAAAGACAUCGACACUUUAUGUUAAACCAUGAUUGAAUGCUGAAUUAUGAGUCAAAGUACAUGAUAAUCAUAGUAAACUUAACACAGCUUG